UGACAUGUUGGCAGCACUUUUUAGUUGACGUUUUUUCUUAUUUUGUUGUUGGUAUCACAUCUGGCAUGUCUUUUAAGUGAAACGUAAACGUUCUAAAAUCUAAAUUGUUCUGAUAUUUUUGAUAUACCACCAUAAUUUAAAAUAAAAUGUUUAAAAAGUUUGAAGAAAAGGAAAGUGUUUCGUCACUGCAGCAACUGAAGUCUUCAGUACAGAAAGGAAUCCGGGCAAAAUUGUUGGAGACAUAUCCUUUACUAGAAACACAUAUUGAUUUGAUAUUGCCAAAAAAGGAUUCAUAUCGCAUCGCGAAAUGUCACGAUCACAUUGAACUUUUAGUUACGGGGAGCGGUGAAAUAGCUUUCUUCCGGCACCGGGAGAGUCAGUGGAUGCCUACUUUAAGGUUACUUCAUAAAUUUCCAUAUUUUGUAACCAUGCAGCAAGUAGACAAGGGUGCCAUACGUUUCGUUCUAAGUGGAGCUAAUAUAAUGUGUCCCGGCCUUACAUCACCUGGAGCACUAAUGACGGCUGUUGAUAAAGGAACUGUAGUUGCUAUAAUGGCUGAGGGCAAGGAAUAUGCAUUAGCUAUUGGUGUUACAACAUUAUCUACUGAAGAAAUUUCGAAAGUCAACAAAGGUGUGGGGGUAGAAAAUUGCCAUUACCUUAAUGACGGCCUGUGGAAGAUGAAAGUUGUUAAGUAAAAAUUCCAGACUGAAAUUACUACAAAAAUGUUGAUUUCUUAAUUAAAUAAAUUGUUUUAUUUUAUUGGAUAUA